AUGGACUCAACUUCAGACCCUUUCUCUCCGAUUAGACCUGACGAUGCACUAUGCUGCAGCGUUAUUGAUGGGGAUCUUCCUGGAAUUGAGGAUGAUAUACUCAGUCUCAUCGCGAAGAACCCUAUCGCGGGUCUGACACGCGCGAUUACCCUCGCAAUACGUAUGAAGAACGUGAGCGCCUUCAGUCUCCUCCUCAAACAUGCCGAAGUCGACGAUGACAUCGCAGAGGCCGCUGCACAAACUGAAGAUCCAGACAUAUUCCAAGUCAUCCUAGACCACAAUUGGCCUAUAGACCGGAAUCUCCGGCGACGCUCAAUACCAUCUCUCCUAAUGUACGUAAGAAUGAUGGAGCUACGAUCUGUGUCCGGCGAAUAUUGACCGAAUUCUCAGCUUCUCCGUCUGUAAUGUGGUAUUCCUCGACUGGCUUCUACAGAAAGGCGCAGAUCCGAACGCAAUUUCCAUACUGAAUGAGACGGCGCUGUCUUUCGCUAUACGCGAGGGAACACUUUCGGCUGUCAAAAGACUGUUAGUUGCUGGCACGGAUGUCUUUCGAGGAGAUCUAUUCCACGCAGCGGCAAGUCGGGAGUGCUCGUCUGAUGUUACGCUCAUUGUUGAUCUACUCGUCGAGCGAGGAGUGCCUCUCGACACUUACGAGUUCGAUAACGAUAUUGCUAAGCCAUUGAGAUACGGCUACAAGUCUGGAACGGCGCUCCAUGUUGCCUGCGAGAAGCACAAUUACCACGCAGUAAGAGCCUUUUAA